CAGUUGUCACCUCACCUCAAUUUGUAUUACUAUAAUAUUCAGAUCUGAAUACAGGCAACACGGAACUGAAAUUUAUUUUAAAUCACACAAAAAUAAAAUGCCAGCAAAGAGCGCACAGAAUAUCAAAACAAAAGGCAAGAUCGCGCCAGGGCCGGCGGGAAACAAUGCGAUGGGGCGCCAGACAAAGCCAGUGGCUUCCAAAUUGAGUUGGUCAGAGUGGCCGUUGCCACCGCCGCCCCUCCCCAAGCACAACGGGGGGAGGCCCAUACGCCAAAAGAUCACCGAAGGCUCUGAUGGACAUUCAGUCGGCAGCAAGGAUCUCGGCCAGAUCCUUCCCGUGCGUCAGAAGCCUCUGGGCGCGUACAUGGGUCUGGCCAGUGCGUGUCCUAUGCCAGGUGGCGACGGUGCCAUCAGCUAUGCGGCGGCCGUCGCCAAUGUCAUUGCGCCCAAACAAUUUCAGAAUAUGAAUAUUGUCAUACCGCCACGUGUUAAGAAGCAGCAAAAAUCACACAAGGCCGCCAAUAGGAGGUCAACGGUCGAUCCAAAGUUCACGAUAUUCGACGUAGAGGAGCCCAAGCCGCAUAUUGUCAUUUUAUAUGCAAAGGACAAAACCAUUGAUGAAGAGGUCCACAAAAUGUCAAAGAUUUUGAAGAAACAUCAGAAAUUACCACAGAAGCCCCUUAAUCCCCAAGAUGAGUUCCAGGAGCCAGAGAAUGCCACUCAGAAUGAGCUGCAGGAGCCACAGAAUGACGCUCCGAAUGAGCUCCAAGAUGUCCGAACUAAAUCUUCGUCGACAGAAACAAACUUAAAUGAGAAGAAUCUGCAACUCCUAGGCGUUUCCAUAGAAAGUACUGAGUCUGAAGAUACAUUGGAAUCCAAUCCAGCUCCAAAUAUAAAGACGAAUACUCCAGAGUUCUCCGAUAGCGAAAGUUAUCUCAGAUAUCACCUUCGUAAACUGCAACAGAUUUUAGCCACUCAGUGCUCGGAUUCUUUCUGGAUUAAACGGCCGCGGUCCCAAAAGCCAUCUAAAUGUGAGCGCUAUAAUUACCAGCUAGACGAAAAAAAAUUAUAGCGGCCGGAACUAAAGGCAGCCGUGUUUUUGGAAAAGACUAAGGCCAAGCAACGUAUGUGGUUGAAUGGUGAUGUUGUGAUAUGCUAAACAAAGCCAGAGAAGACUAAAACACAUCUUUUAAUAUGUUCAAAGUUGACACUUUUCAAAUUUUCAAAUUAACGGCCACGAGUAAAACUGUAUUUAGUAUUAAUUCGGUAUAUUUUCGAUAGAUAUCGUAUUUAAAAUGUCAUUAAAAUUUCAUUGCUUAUUGAUAGUUAAAUUUCAUGUCGAUAGUUUAAUUUUCGGGGAAUUCUCUUAUCGAAGAACUGCCACAACUAGCGAACUGUCAUCGCGCAUUUUAUCGAAGGACGGCCAUCUCAAUUUUCUCGAGAAAAUGUUGUGAAAAUGUUGUUGUUGUGAAAAAUGAUUUUCAUAUGAUGGCGAUUUAGAUUUAACCGAACAAAGUGCAUAAUUUGUGCAGGCAAACAUGUUUAUUGAGUGAGGAGGAUCGAAUCACUUACCGGGCGAAGCGAACGCGCUUUGUGCGCCUUGCUUUUGCACUUGCGUAUGUGUGUGUGUGUGUAUAAUGGACAAGUUAAAAAACAACAACAAGGAAAAUGCAUCAAUUGAGUACCCUCCGACCCCCUACCCGACCACAAUUGAUGUCGAGGACGUGGAGAGCAACAAGAGCACACCGUACUACACACCCAUGGAAUUUCUGCAAACCUCCUUUGAGUUCCCAUCGCCCACAACCGAAACAGCAACGCAAUCGCCAGGGGGUGUCGUCGGCACAGCCACCGCCACCACACUACCCGCAGAGGCACUCGACCACGAUAUAGAGGAUUCCGCACGCCCCUAUACGGCCAAGCAGUUCACCAUCGCCCACCCGAAUCCACCCCACCAUGUCACGCAGUCACCGACAUUGAGUCGAAAGUUCAAGCGUUUCUCCCUAUACGAUCGACGAUCCUGCUCACCGCACAUUGCCAGCACCACAGAGGAGCAGAGGGGCAGGGGAGGAGGCACCACCGACAAGGAGAACACAAUUCCAAAGUCCGGCGACGAUCUAGAGAAUAAUCUGUAUCUGUCCAAGAGCGAGCACAACUCACCCACAAUUAUAUUUAGAGAUGAAUCCUCUUCGACGCCCGGCGGCCUUGAGGCGAGCCGUCUCACCUAUUCACCAAAGUUUCUGUCGUCCAUUAACAAUCUGAAUCUGUCCGGCCACGGCUCUCCCUUGAACAUCAUCAAUUCGGCUGGCUACAAGAGCGGGAACUUCUUCCGCUUCCCCGAGAUCGAUCAUCAUGUCGUCCAGGAGGCUCCCAUCGAUGCAGUACAUAUUGAGGAAGCGGCCCAAGGGUUGCGUUUCAGGGGCAAGGAAUCACUGGCCGCCGAGCUGGCGCGUGUAGAGCCGCAAGAUCAGCAGAGAGCCGAAGGCCGGAAGAAUCGCAAGAACAAGAACAAUCUCACCAUUCGCAUCACAGAUGUGCCCAUCAAACACUCCGGUGGACAGGUAUCGCCGCUGCCCAAACCAAAGACGCCCACCAUCAAGAGCACCAAGGAGAAAGCCCGCUCCCUGGACUCGGCGGCCAACGAGACGGAGCUGUCGAUUGUGGUGCACAACAUAACCGAAUCUCAUGGCAGCUGCGAGGACAUGAUGGACAACCAGAACAAACCCUUGGCCGGUGGCAUCCACAUCCACCAUCUGCAGCAGCCCACCUCCUCCGCCAGCAUACACUCGACAUCGCUCUCUCGUCUCGACAGUCACAAUGUCCGUCGCACUGCGCGCCGAAAGUCGCCCGGCAUCGAUAAUCCCAACUGGCUGAUGUACCACCGCAAGCAGAAUCCAUAUCAUGGCAGCAGUAGCACGGCUCAGAGCUCCCUGGACUCGGAAAUGAGCCUUAGUGACUCCCCGCAGCGCAGCGCCGCCGAGCUGAAGUCCGCCUGCAGCGUGGACAGCAGCUCAAAGUUCGGCCUGGGCGCCACUUUGGCGCCGCGCAGUGCCCACAAGCAUAACCAGCUGCUGCACUCGUCCAGCACCAAUCUGAAGACCUUGCCCGAAUGCCUCACCCUGGUAGAGUUCUCAUCUGGCGGCGGCGGCGGCUCCUCCUCCAAGGAGUCGCCCUUCAAACAGAAGUCCAUGGACCUGCCUAUGCCCAAUCUACAGGCCAAGACGACGGUGUCCACCUCAUCGAUGAAUCUCCUGCAGCGACGUGGAUCUAACCACAGUCUCACUCUCAAUCUGCACAGCUCGUGCGGCAACCUGAUGAACAGCGGCCUCAGCCUGUCCAACUACAGCCUCGGAUCCAUACUCAACUCCAAGUCCAGCUGCAACCUGGAUGCUGGCGGGGGCACAGGCAGCGGAGCCACUCAACUGGCAGGCACCAGUCAGCAGCAGACACCCCAACAUCUUGCCAGCAGCCAGGGCAAUCGUCAGGGCUUAUUCCGCAGGCGGGGAUCCACUCACAGCAUCACACUGAAGGGACACACCACCACCUCGUGCGGAGACCUACAGCAACAGCAGCAGGCGAUGCUGAAUGCCGAGAAGUACAACAGAUUGAGCAUGCGAACCAAUUCGACGGGCUCGGGAUCGGGAUCGAAUGUGCCGACACCCAAACGCGGUCUGCUGGAGCGGCGCGGAUCCAAUCAGAGUCUCACCCUCAAUAUGGGCAGCAUUCUGGGGGUGGGGUGUGGCGGCGAACUGCCCGUUCCGGAUGUGUGUGGCCAGCCCAAGGUCACAGUCUGCAGCUGUGCCGCCUCCAGCCAGGCCCCGCACCAGCGGAAAUUCUUCAGCACCGAGAAUCUGAACAGCAACAAUAAACAGAACAACCAGUUCUUUGGCCAGGUGUGCUUCGGAUCUGCUUCUGACCUGCAGCCCAAUCCGGUACAGGGAGGUCCGGCCAGUACCGAGCAGAGCAUUGCCUGCACCUGCGCCGGUGCUACGGUGCGCAACAUCAUGACACGGCCCCUCUCGCCGCAGACGACCAGCGAGGAGUUCAAGAUCUAUUUGGCCAGCAUCCAGAUGCUGCAGAGUGCCUCCAAUCCACUGAACCAGUUCGAUCUGAUCCGCCUCAAUCACGUUUUCGAUCACAGCUACAAGACCAGCAAGAACAUCAUUGAACAGCCGCCGGUUUUGGGCUCGAAUGGCCGCGAUGCAGAGAUGGAGACACCCACGAAUCAGAUGCCGCCCAGCUCGGAGGAUAGCGAGCUGAUUGCCUGCUAUCAGGCGGUGGUUCAGCGGAUUGUGCAGUCGAUGCCACAGCUGGAGGAGGCCGAGCAGAAGCGCAUCUUCUGCGAUCUACACAAGGAGUUCUGGGAUCUGCCGCUCAACCAUCAGGAGAAGCCCAUGGUGUUUGGGUCCCAGACGAAGAAUCGCUACAAGACGAUUCUGCCCAACGAGCAUUCCCGUGUGCUGCUCGAGCCAGAGGCCAGCGAGCUCAUCAGCCUGGAGGAGCAGGCGCAAGAGCUGGAGAAAGCCGUCUAUGUGUCCGCCAACGAGGAUGCGCCCUACAUCAAUGCCAAUUAUAUCAAGGGACCCGACUACGUGUCCAAGUGCUAUGUGGCCACCCAAGGUCCGCUGCCCAACACCAUCUUCGAGUUCUGGCUGAUGAUCUACCAGAACACGCAGCGCUACAUCCGCCGCUGCGUGGACGGGGGCAGCAGCAGCAGUCCGCAUAUGGAAAGGUCACAGAUAUUGCAGCAGUACUUUCAGAAGAUCGUCAUGCUCACAAACUUUACGGAGGCGAAUCGGCAGAAGUGCGCCAUUUACUUUCCCAUCGACCUCAAUGAGAUAUUCGCUGUGGCCGCCAAGUGCGAGGUGUUCUGUCUGAGUACGGCUGCCCGAGAAUACUUUGACCAGCACCUGGUGCCCAUGUCUGUGCCGGACACUGCAGUGGCACCGCCGCCGCGAAUCAAUGAGCUCGAAGAUCUGAGCUAUCAGCACAUUGGCGUCGAGUCGCUGAAGGUGACGCUGGACAGCGAACUGCUGGAGAGUCUGCCAGCCCAGAGCAACUUCUUUCUGGUGAAGAACGUGGGUAUUGUGCGACGAAACGGGUACUCGGUGCGAAAGUUUGUGCUACUCUACUGCAUCCAUGUGCCGCAGACGGCGAGCUAUCACCUGCAAAAGAUCUGCUGCUAUCACUACUGGUAUCCGGAUUGGCCCGAUCACCACUCGCCGCGAGACAUCAAUACGUUGCUGGACACUUGUCUGCAUGUCCUGAAUCUGGGCAAAUGCGAAUCGGAGUUUGACAACUACGACGAGAGUCGAAGCGUGCGCAAUGCCCAUCUGACGGCCCAGCGUCUGGACAUCUAUAAGCAGGACAUUUUCAAUGCCGUGCAGCCCUUGCCCGUUAUCCACUGCUCGGCUGGCAUCGGGCGGACCGGCUGCUUCACGGCCAUAUUGAAUGCCGUGCGGCAGGUGCGUCAGUCGCUGGCCUACUCUCUCACCGGAAUGCUGACCAAAGCUCUGUAUGUGGCAGACUUUGACUGCAACUCGGAGGCGAAUCACGACGACAGCGACAGCAGCUUCACAUGCAACACCAUACGGCAUAUACGGCAGAUAAUUGACCACCAGGAGCCGCCCACCUUCGACAAGCUACCCAAGAUGCCAGACAUCUUUGUGGACGUGCUGGGCAUUGUGUGCAAUCUACGCUUGCAGCGCGGCGGCAUGGUCCAGAACUCCGAGCAGUAUGAGCUGAUACACCGGGCCAUUUGUCUCUACCUGAAGCGAACCCUGGCCUUGAGGCGGUUCUAGGAUUCAAAAUAAUUACAAUUACAGUACACCCCCCAUGUUGACGACUACGAUACGGACUAAAUAUGAAUAUGAAGAUACGCAAUACAGAAGAAGAAACAGGAAAAGGAAAAGGAAAAGAAGAAAAAACACCAAUUUACUAUUUGUAAAACAAUAUUUUGUGACCCUUAUUUUAAUGUAAUGAAGAACACAACCAAUCGAAAAAGAAGUUUAAACAAGAAGACGACAAACCAUGGCUAAAAGAGUCUCGAAACACACACACUUACAUAGUGCCGGGGCAUACUCCGUGUAGUGGAGGUGUCCUGGAAUGUUUGCUAAAUAUUACUAUUACCACAUAUUCUACAUAUAUACAGAUAUAAAUGUUUAUUAAGUGUUUGGAUGUAUGUGUCAGUUAAAUGUGUAUGCAUGUAUGUAUGUACAUAAGUGUAAAUGUUUCCAAAUCCACUUUUCGUGUAAACUAUGCUUAAAAAACUAAACUAAAGUUAAUUACCUAUUAUUAUAUUACCCUCACCCAUACCUUUGUCCUUACCUUAUCAUAGACCCCCUCCCUCCCCUUGCCCUUCCCCUUCCCCACAACUUUACAGAGCUCGACGACGUGUGCGCGGCGGCCCCGGAUCCAACUGUGAGCUGGCUACCCAUGUUUGGGGGCGAAGAAAGCUCACACCUUUUUCAAGUUGGCCCCAUCCCAGGGGCCUUCUGACUAAACACCAAAUUUCUUCAAACCCAAACUGCUAGUUCUACCGUCGGGUUGGGGGCCCCCCGUCCACCCUCCACCCACCAUCAUCCAUCGAAUCGCGCGUAGAGUUGGUCAAAGAGAUACAAAAAAAAAAAAAAAAAA